AUGGAUUUCAACGAUCUUAAGAAUACGGUCUCGAACCUGACCCUAUAUGAUCUCAAGGCGGGAUUCCGCAAGGCCCAGAAUGCCGUCAUGAACUUUACAGAGAUGGAGGCCAAGGUUCGAGAAGCCACCAACAACGAACCUUGGGGUGCUUCCUCCAGCACCAUGCAGGAAAUCGCCAACGGUACCUUUAGCUACCAAACAUUAAACGAGAUCAUGCCCAUGAUCUAUCGACGAUUUACGGAAAAGGCUGCGGAUGAAUGGCGACAGAUUUACAAGGCUCUCCAGCUGCUCGAGUUUCUUAUCAAGCACGGCUCUGAAAGAGUGAUUGACGAUGCUCGCGGUCAUAUCACAUUGCUCAAGAUGCUUCGUCAAUUCCACUAUAUCGACCAGAACGGCAAGGACCAGGGCCUUAACGUUAGAAACAGAGCCAAGGAGCUGACAGAGCUUCUUGGUGACGUUGACCGAAUCAGAGCAGAGCGCAAGAAGGCUCGCGCGACCAAGAAUAAAUAUACCGGUGUUGAGGGUGGUACCGGCCGUUUUGGCGGCUUUGGAAACGAAUCUUCGGGCUAUGGUGGCGGCAGCUCAUCCAACUUUGGCGGCUUCUCCGGCGGCGUCUACGGAGACGGUGGUGGCUUUGGUGGACAAUCGGCCGAAUAUGACGAACCCGCUGCACGAGCCGACAAGUUUGAAGAAUACGACGAGUUUGAUGAGGGCGAGCGACCAUCGGGAAGCUCUCGUCCUAAGCGAACCGAGCGAGCAGCAGCUAAGGCGCCGGCCGAGCCACCCAAGAAGAAAGAGCCUGAGGUUGACCUGUUCUCCUUUGACGAGCCUGUACAGAGCUCAGCUCCUGUUGCUGCGCCCAUGCAGAGUUCUGGAUUAGCCGACUUGGCCGGUAGAAGCGCUGCCCCAGCCAACGAUGACGACGACGAGUUUGAUGACUUCCAAUCUGCUGCUGAGCCUACAUCCAACGCCCAAUUCGCCGCCCCUCAACCAGUAUCUGCUCCCCAACAGGCCAACCUCAGCAACAUGGUUGGCAUGUCUUCCAUCUCCCCUGCGCCAAGCUCCAACUCGAACGCGACCCCCGGCGUCAACUACUCAGCCUUUAGCACACCCAUGACAGCGACACCAAGCGCGGCACUGGCCCAGACACAGGCACAGCCGUCCGCUGGCUUUCAGUCAUCCGGCCCCAACUACUUUGGCAAUGUUCAAUCCAAGCCAGCUACGAGCACAAUAUCGAGCAUCCCAACGACGACCCAGUCUGGCCCUACCACCAUGGCCAACAUGAGACCCGUUGCCAGUGCCAACAAGCCCGCUGCGCCAGCUGCCGGCGGCGAUGCCUUCGGUGCUCUCUGGGGCAAGGCCAGUUCCGGUAUCAAGAAGACGAGUGCACCAGCCGGCCCAGCCAUGGGCCAGCUCGCCAAGGAGAAGAGCAGUGCCGGUAUCUGGGGCACGCCAGCAUCGUCCACGCCUGCCUCUGGCGGCGCUGGUUCCGGCUCUGCGUCCGGCGACCUUCUUGGUUAA